UUAAAAGUUUAAUUUACUUUUGGACACUGGACGGAGCAGUUCGCCUUUCAAUCCGACCUCAGAGCUCAGUUAUAACUUAACACAAUGCAUUUCACAUUCGCGAUGGUUGGCCUUCUCAUCGUCGGCAUGGGUAUCGAGCUACCCACUCCCACUGCUGCCGUGCGCCGGAAUCACGAUCAAUGGUGGCUCGAUGAGUCCUUGGUGAAAACUACGGAUUCAUCUACGGAUUUAACUACAGAUUUAACAACGGAUUUAAGUACUGACUCAACUAUGGAUUCAAGUACGGAUGUAUCUGCGGACUCAUCUACGGACUCACAUACGGACUCAACAACUGAUUUAAUUACGGAUUCAAGUUCGACUUCGACGGAACCAGCUGCGCCCCCAUCUAAGCGUGGGUGGUCACCUUCGCUUUCUUGGAUUUUUGGCAUUGUGCUUGCUGUGAUUAUUGCAGUGCUGGUCAUAUACCUCAUAUUGCGCCGAAAUGGGUCCUAUUCUGUCAAAAGCCAGUGCAGAUCGUCCAAUCCAAACAACGUUCAAUUCAGUUCAAACCAAUUUAGAGACGUAAAUUUAAAAACUGUUUAAUUUACAGUUAUUUUAAAACCUUGGAUUUUCACAUAACUUUCAAUUCAUUUAAAUAAUUCUAAUAAAACUCCAAUGCAAAAACCAAAGUAAAUAAAAUAUGCAAUAAAUAAUGUUUACAAGUAUGUAUUAGAUGUAUAAUUUCCGUAAAAACUUAAAAAAAAAUGUUUGGUUUUUGAUGAGUUAAUGGGUAUUAGUA